GAUGGAUUUCAUUACCUCACUCGUUUUGGCUGAAGAUGAAGAUGCCUUUAGCUUUAGUAAUCGACUCUGGGAUGUCUGAAACAGCCUCCGAAACCUACUACAUAUCAAAACAUCACAAAGACCUGCUGAAUCUUUAAGGGAAACAACAGGAAUUAUGAAUAUCACUGCAGGCUUGCUGAAAAAAGAGCUUCUGCUCUCGAACGCCUUGCUGUCCUUGAAUGCCUCUUUCCAUGGUCUUGAAGACUUCGCAGGUGAUGUCUUUCUCCACCAAAGCGGGGAGCUGGAGAGACUGCUGCUGCUGACGAUUAAAGAGCCCACCACCAUUGCUCUCACAGUGAUGUAUUCAAUAUCAUUCGUAGUGGGCUUCAUUGGAAAUCUAAUGGCCAUCCGAAUGCUCACCUGCCAAAAGAGUAAGAGAAUGCAGAGCAUCAGUGCCACCCGGAGUUUGCUCAUCAACCUGGCCGUGUGUGAUCUGAUGGUGGUUUGCAUCUGCAUGCCUAUCACACUUGGCCACACUAUUUACACCGCAUGGGUGUACGGAGACCUCCUGUGCCGAGCCGUUCCCUUCAUCCAGGCUGUUUCCGUGUCAGCGAGUGUCCUCAGCCUGACCGUCAUCAGCAUCAACAGAUAUUACAGUGUUCACAGCCCACUGAACUCCCUUUCGUACUUCACCCAGAAGAAGAUCUACAUCACUAUUGUGUGCGUGUGGGUCUUGUCCUCAUCCAUUUGUGCUCCUUUGCUCUUUAUGAUUAAGUUAGACGAGAUCCACUUGAUCGAUAUCGUCGUGCCCAUUUGCAGGGAGCUGUGGCCACAGGCGAGACUCAAACAAGUCUACAACGUCCUCCUUUUCGUGGCCCUCUACUGCAUCCCAGUAACAUUUAACCUCAUCAUCAGUUUUCUGACAGGCAGGAAGCUCUGGAGGACUUCUCAACAUUUCUCCGACUUCGAUCCACACAGCCAGAUCAUGCACGCUUCACAGCUGAAGAUGCGCAAGAAGAUCGCCAAGGUGGUGGUGACUUUAGUCCUGCUGUUUGCCAUUUCCUGGCUCCCGCUCUAUGUAGCCGACAUCCUCAUUGACCGUGAGAUUCAUCCUCCACACUGGGUUCUGCAAGCUCGUCCUUUCGCGCAGUGGUUGGGGCUCACCAACUCCAGCCUCAACCCUAUCUGCUAUUGCUUCUUGGGUGAUCUGUACCGUUCUGCCCGAGCAGUCAGGUCCAGGUAUCAGGAGAGGAUGCUCUCCGUCCUCAGAUCCUCCAGCACUCUUAAACUAUCCAGUUUCUUGUCUCUCAAAAAGCAGAAAUCUGGCCAGCGAAAAGGCGCCGUGAGUCAGGUGUCGGUGGAGACUCUUUCAGAUUGGUGUUCAAACAACAGCCAGAUGGUGUCUCUUCAAAGUCUGUCAGAAAAGAUAGCGUCUACAAGCAAUCCCGACUUAUCAAAUUUAUAGUCAGGAUGUCCUGUGCAUUAUCUGAAAGGAUUCAGGUAACUUUAAAGUGAUAGUUCACUCAAA